AUGGCAUCUUUGCCUCCUCCCCCUCCUCCGGGAUGGGGUGCAGCUCCUCCGUCCAUCACGAUGGCACCGCCGCCUCCUGGCUAUCAGCCGCCGGCCGACCCGAACGUCGCAAAAUUUGCGCAGAAGAAGCAUGAAUGGUUGCGAACGCAACGAAGCCGCUUCGGCGAGAAACGAAAGGCUGGAUUUGUCGAGACACAGAAGGCAGACAUGCCUCCUGAGCAUUUGCGGAAGAUUGUCAAGGAUAUUGGCGAUGUUUCGCAACGGAAGUUCACCAACGAGAAGCGCAGCUACCUCGGCGCGUUGAAGUUCAUGCCCCAUGCUGUUCUGAAGCUCCUGGAGAACAUGCCGAUGCCCUGGGAGUCAGCUCGCGAAGUCAAGGUGCUCUACCAUGUCAACGGUUGCUUGACCAUCGUGAACGAGACCCCGCGCGUCAUCGAACCCGUCUUCCAUGCUCAGUGGGCCACUAUGUGGAUGUCCAUGCGUCGCGAGAAGAGUGAUCGACGACACUUCAAGCGAAUGCGCUUCCCUCCGUUCGACGACGAAGAGCCUCCCCUUUCUUGGUCAGAAAAUAUCGAAGAUGUUGAGCCUUUGGAACCCAUUCAAAUGGAGCUUGAUGAGGACGAAGAUGGAGCUGUCUACGAAUGGUUCUACGACCACCGACCCCUUCUUGAUACCCCCCACGUCAACGGUCCUAGCUACAAGACAUGGAAUCUGUCGUUGCCGCAGAUGGCUACUCUUCAUCGUCUGAGUCACCAGCUGCUUAGUGACGUCGUGGACGAGAAUUACUUCCACAUGUUUGAUCUCAACAGCUUCUUCACAGCAAAGGCCCUGAACGUUGCCAUCCCUGGUGGUCCCCGAUUCGAGCCCUUGUACAAGGACAUUGAUCCGAACGACGAGGAUUUCAGCGAGUUCAACGCAAUCGAUCGCAUCAUUUUCCGCGCCCCGAUCCGAACCGAAUAUCGCGUGACCUUCCCUUUCCUGUAUAAUACCCUUCCCCGCAGCGUCAAGGUUGCCUGGUACUCUCACCCCCAGGUGGUCUAUGUCCGCACCGAAGAUCACAACCUCCCCGCAUUCUAUUUCGACCCUGUCAUUAAUCCUAUUUCCUCCCGCUCCGUCGCUCCGAAGAACAUCACUGUUAGUCACGAGGAUGAAAUCUUUGGCCCGGGCAACGACGAAGAUGAGUUCGAACUUCCCGGAGAGGUCGAGCCGUUCUUUGACGAUGAGGAGCUCUACACACCUGAUACUGCCUCUGCGAUUGCUUUGUGGUGGGCCCCUCAUCCCUUCGAUAAGCGGUCCGGAAAGAUGGUUCGUGCUCAGGAUGUGCCGCUUGUCAAACAGUGGUACCUGGAGCACUGCCCUCAGGGUCAGCCCGUCAAGGUUCGCGUCUCAUAUCAGAAGCUGCUCAAGACCUACGUGCUUAAUGAGCUGCACAAGAGCAAGCCGAAGGCCCAGAGCAAGCAGAAUCUGUUGAAGACUUUGAAGACAACCAAGUUCUUCCAGCAGACUACUAUUGACUGGGUUGAGGCUGGUUUGCAAGUCUGCCGUCAAGGCUUCAACAUGCUGAACUUGUUGAUUCACCGGAAGAACUUGACCUACCUGCACCUUGAUUACAACUUCAACUUGAAGCCUGUCAAGACAUUGACAACCAAGGAGCGCAAGAAGUCUCGCUUCGGAAAUGCUUUCCAUCUCAUGCGUGAAAUUCUCCGCCUGACCAAGUUGAUCGUUGAUGCUCAGGUUCAGUACCGCCUCGGCAACAUUGAUGCCUUUCAGCUGGCUGAUGGUAUCUUGUAUGCUUUCAAUCACGUCGGUCAGCUCACCGGUAUGUACCGUUACAAGUACAAGCUGAUGCACCAGAUCCGUUCCUGCAAGGACUUGAAGCAUUUGAUCUACUACCGCUUCAACUCUGGUCCUGUCGGUAAGGGUCCUGGUUGCGGUUUCUGGGCCCCCGCCUGGCGUGUCUGGCUGUUCUUCAUGCGCGGUAUCAUUCCUCUGCUUGAGAGAUGGCUUGGAAACUUGCUCUCUCGUCAGUUCGAGGGCCGUCACAGCAAGGGUGUUGCCAAGACUGUUACCAAGCAGCGUGUGGAGUCUCACUUUGAUCUUGAGCUGCGUGCUUCCGUCAUGGCUGAUCUGAUGGACAUGAUGCCCGAGGGUAUCAAGCAGAACAAGGUCAAUGUUGUGUUGCAGCAUCUCUCCGAAGCUUGGAGAUGCUGGAAGAGUAACAUUCCUUGGAAGGUCCCCGGCCUGCCUGCACCUAUUGAGAAUAUCAUUCUUCGAUAUGUGAAGAGCAAGGCUGACUGGUGGAUUUCCGUCGCUCACUACAACCGUGAGCGAAUUCGCCGCGGUGCGACCGUUGAUAAGACAGUGGCUAAGAAGAACCUGGGUCGUCUCACUCGACUCUGGCUCAAGUCCGAGCAAGAGCGUCAGCACAACUAUCUCAAGGACGGUCCCUACGUGUCAUCCGAGGAAGCUGUGGCUAUCUAUACCACGAUGGUCCACUGGCUCGAAUCUCGCAAGUUCUCGCCCAUUCCCUUCCCCAGUGUCUCAUACAAGCAUGACACUAAGAUUCUCAUUCUGGCCCUUGAGCGCCUUCGUGAGUCCUACUCUGUGAAGGGUCGUCUCAACCAGAGUCAACGUGAGGAACUUGCCUUGAUCGAGCAGGCCUAUGAUUCCCCUGGUACAACCCUUGCUAGAAUCAAGCGCUUCCUCCUCACUCAGCGUGCUUUUAAGGAAGUCGGAAUUGACAUGAAUGACAACUACAACAACAUCAACCCUGUCUACGACAUCGAGCCCAUUGAGAAGAUUACCGAUGCUUAUCUGGAUCAAUACCUAUGGUACCAGGCUGAGCAACGCCACCUCUUCCCCGCUUGGAUUAAGCCCUCCGACUCUGAGGUGCCUCCGCUUUUGACCUACAAGUGGACCCAGGGUAUCAACAACUUGUCGAAUGUCUGGGAGACCGCUGAUGGCGAGACUAACGUCAUGAUUGAGACCGAGCUUUCCAAGGUUUACGAGAAGAUUGAUCUUACUCUGUUGAACCGCAUGCUCCGCCUCAUCAUGGACCACAACUUGGCGGACUAUAUCACCUCUAAGAACAACGUCCAGCUCAGCUACAAGGACAUGAACCACACCAACAGCUAUGGUCUAAUCCGCGGUCUGCAGUUCUCUGGCUUCGUGUUCCAGUACUAUGGUCUGAUGAUUGACCUUUUGCUCCUCGGCUUGCAGCGAGCCAGUGAGAUGGCUGGCCCUCCCCAGAGCCCCAAUGACUUCUUGCAAUUCCGUGACAAGGCCACCGAGACUCGCCACCCUAUCCGUCUCUACACUCGUUACGUCGACAAGAUUUGGGUCUUCUUCCGGUUCCAAGCCGAUGAGUCUCGUGACCUGAUUCAGCGAUUCUUGACCGAAAAUCCCGAUCCUAACUUCGAGAACGUCAUCGGAUACAAGAACAAGAAGUGCUGGCCUCGCGAUUGUCGUAUGCGCUUGAUGCGUCACGAUGUUAACCUGGGUCGUGCUGUCUUCUGGGACAUGAAGAACCGUCUUCCCCGGUCCAUCACCACCAUUGAGUGGGAUGAUACCUUCGCGAGCGUCUACAGCAAGGACAACCCCAACCUGCUGUUCUCCAUGAGUGGAUUCGAAGUUCGCAUUCUCCCCAAGAUCCGUAACCAGAAUGAAGAGUUCUCGGUCAAGGACAGUGUCUGGUCUUUGGUCGACGGCUCCACCAAGGAACGAACUGCCCAUGCAUUCCUGCAGGUUACGGAGGAGGACAUUCAGAAGUUCAAUAACCGCAUUCGUCAAAUUCUCAUGUCCUCUGGAUCGACAACCUUCACCAAGAUUGCCAACAAGUGGAACACGGCACUGAUUGCCCUCUUCACUUACUACCGUGAGGCUGCCGUGUCGACUGUCAACCUCCUCGACACCAUUGUCAAGUGUGAGACCAAGAUUCAGACCCGUGUCAAGAUCGGUCUGAACUCCAAGAUGCCUUCCCGUUUCCCUCCGGCUGUCUUCUACACGCCUAAGGAAUUGGGAGGUCUGGGUAUGAUCUCUGGUUCCCACAUCCUCAUCCCCACCAGCGACAAGCGCUGGUCCAAGCAGACCGACACCGGCAUUACUCACUUCCGUGCGGGUAUGUCACAUGACGAGGAAACGUUGAUCCCCAACAUCUUCCGAUACAUCAUUCCCUGGGAGGCCGAGUUCAUCGAUUCCCAGCGUGUGUGGAUGGAGUACUCGCAGAAGCGCAUGGAGGCUCAGCAGCAGAACCGCCGUUUGACGCUUGAGGAUCUUGAGGACAGCUGGGACCGUGGUCUUCCCCGUAUCAACACCCUGUUCCAGAAGGACCGCAGCACCCUCAGCUUCGACAAGGGUUUCCGUCUCCGUGCCGAGUUCAAGCAGUACCAGUUGAUGAAGAGCAAUCCUUUCUGGUGGACUAGUCAGCGACAUGACGGUAAACUCUGGAACCUGAACGCCUACCGAACCGAUGUCAUCCAAGCCCUGGGUGGUGUCGAAACUAUUCUUGAGCACACACUCUUCAAGGCAACGGCAUUCCCAUCCUGGGAGGGCUUGUUUUGGGAGAGGGCAUCUGGAUUCGAAGAAAGCAUGAAAUUCAAGAAACUCACCAACGCCCAGAGGUCUGGUUUGAACCAGAUUCCUAACCGUCGUUUCACCUUGUGGUGGUCCCCCACUAUCAAUCGUGCUAAUGUCUACGUUGGUUUCCAAGUUCAGCUUGACUUGACUGGUAUUUUCUUGCACGGCAAAAUUCCCACUCUGAAGAUUUCUUUGAUCCAGAUCUUCCGUGCCCAUUUGUGGCAGAAGAUUCACGAGUCCGUGGUCAUGGAUUUGUGUCAAGUGUUCGAUCAGGAGUUGGAGCAGCUUGGCAUUGAGGCUGUUCAGAAGGAGACCAUCCAUCCUCGUAAGUCUUACAAGAUGAACAGCUCCUGCGCCGAUAUCCUGCUCUUCGCGACAAACAAGUGGAACGUCACUAGACCUUCUCUGUGCUUCGACACCAAGGAUGUCUAUGAGCCCACAACGACGAACAAGUUCUGGCUCGAUGUGCAAUUGAGAUACGGUGACUAUGACUCCCACGACAUUGAGCGUUAUGUUCGUGCCAAGUAUCUCGACUACACCACCGACAGUAUGAGUAUCUACCCGUCGGCUACUGGUCUGAUGAUCGGCAUUGACCUUGCCUACAACCUGUACUCUGCUUACGGUCAGUACUUCCCUGGUCUGAAGACUCUGAUCCAGCAAGCUAUGGCCAAGAUCAUGAAGGCCAAUCCUGCCCUAUACGUUCUCCGUGAGCGUAUCCGCAAGGGUCUCCAGCUGUACGCCUCGGAGAGCAACCAGGAGUUCCUCAACUCCCAGAACUAUUCCGAGCUUUUCAGUCCCCAGAUUCAGCUGUUCAUUGAUGACACUAAUGUCUACCGUGUCACCAUUCACAAGACCUUUGAGGGUAACUUGACCACCAAGCCCAUCAACGGUGCCAUCUUUAUUUUCAAUCCUCGCACUGGGCAACUGUUCUUGAAGAUCAUCCACACCAGUGUCUGGGCUGGCCAGAAGCGUUUGGGUCAGCUCGCGAAGUGGAAGACAGCCGAAGAAGUUGCCGCCCUCAUCCGAUCUCUCCCCGUGGAAGAACAACCGAAGCAGCUUAUCGUCACUCGCAAGGGUCUCUUGGAUCCCCUCGAGGUUCAUCUGCUCGACUUCCCCAACAUCUCUAUCCGUGCCUCUGAGCUUCAGCUGCCCUUCCAGGCUGCUAUGAAGGUUGAGAAGCUUGCCGAUAUGAUUCUUCGGGCUACUGAGCCUCAGAUGGUUCUGUUCAACCUCUACGAUGAAUGGCUCAAGUCCAUCUCUCCUUACACUGCCUUCUCUCGUUUGAUCCUGAUCCUUCGUGCCCUCCAUGUCAACAUCGACAAGGCCAAGAUCAUUCUUCGCCCCGACAAGAGUGUGAUCACUCAAGAACACCACAUCUGGCCCUCGCUCUCUGACGAGGACUGGAUCAAGGUCGAAGUCCAGCUUCGUGAUCUUAUCUUGAACGACUAUGGCAAGAAGAACAACGUCAACGUGCAGAGUCUCACUAGCUCUGAAGUUCGGGAUAUUAUCCUGGGUAUGGAGAUCAGUGCACCUUCGCUGCAGCGCCAGCAGGCAGCCGAGAUUGAGAAGCAGCAGGAAGAGGCCAAGCAAUUGACUGCCGUCACGACCAAGACUCAGAAUGUGCGCGGCGAGGAUAUCAUCGUCACGACAACUUCGCAGUACGAACAGCAGUCCUUUGCCUCCAAGACCGAAUGGCGCACUCGUGCCAUCGCGACUUCGAACUUGCGGACCAGGUCAAACAACAUCUAUGUUUCUUCGGAUGACAUCCGCGAUGAUGGCUACACCUACAUCAUGCCGAAGAACAUUCUCAAGCGAUUCAUCACCAUCGCUGAUCUUCGUGUCCAGGUCACCGGCUACAUCUACGGUAGCUCACCCCCCGACAACGAUCAAGUCAAGGAGGUCCGUACGAUUGUCAUGGUUCCUCAGGUCGGUAACACCCGGGAUGUUCAACUGCCACACGAGUUGCCUCAGCAUGACUACCUGAAUGGUCUGGAGCCGUUGGGUGUCAUUCACACUGUCUCCGGCAAUGAGCCAUCCUACAUGUCGGCGGCGGAUGUGACGCAGCAUGCUCGUCUGAUGAACGCUCACCCCUCGUGGGACAAGAAGACUGUGACUAUGACCGUGUCUUUCACGCCCGGCUCCGUGUCACUUGCUGCCUGGGGUCUGACUCCCGAUGGCUACAAGUGGGGUGCUGAGAACAAGGAUAUGAGUUCCGACCAGCCGCAGGGCUUCUCCACCAGCAUGGGUGAAAAGUGCCAGCUGUUGCUCAGUGACCGUAUCCGUGGUUACUUCCUGGUUCCCGAGGACAACUUGUGGAAUUACAGCUUCAUGGGAAGUUCCUUCGGUAGCGUCGAGAAGCGACCUAUCUAUGUCAAGAUCGACACCCCGCUGCGCUUCUACGAUGACCAGCACCGCCCUCUGCACUUCCAGAACUUCGCUGAGUUGGAGGAUAUCUGGGUUGAUCGGACGGACAACUUUGAGUAA